UUUUUUUAUUCAUUAUCAAUUUGAUUAUUUCUACUUAAUUAUAAGUGUUAUUUUGUGAAUUAAAAUGGAGCACAUACAAAGAUUAGAACAAGAAAUAGAUCAUUUAAAAAAAACUUUACAAGAAAAAGAGAACGAGUUAUUCGAAAUGAAAAGAAAUUGGAUGCCGAUGCAGUCAAAUGGUAUUCAACCGGAAUUUACGACGUUGUAUUCAAGGAAUGAAAAUAAUGUAACAAAAGUGCAGUAUGGUGAUAAACUUCCUAAGUGGGCUAUUGAAAGGUACAGUAGACAGAUAUUACUGCCUGAUAUAGGAGUGGCAGGUCAGGAAAAGUUGUGUAACUCUAAAGUGUUAAUUGUGGGUGCCGGUGGACUCGGCUGUCCUGCUGCUCUGUAUUUAGCUGGUGCUGGCAUAGGUGAAAUAGGUAUAGUAGAUUAUGAUAAAGUGGAUUUAACAAACAUACACAGACAAAUACUGCAUGCUGAAUGUGAUCAGAACAAAAGUAAAGCGGAAAGUGCUGCGGAAACAUUGAAGAGCAUUAAUUCGAAUAUAAAAAUAACUCCGUAUACAAUACAGUUAGAUUCAAGUAAUGCAUUAGAUAUUAUAUAUAAAUUUGAUGUUAUAUUGGAUUGUACUGAUAAUGUACCUACUAGAUAUUUAUUAAAUGAUGCCUGUGUGAUGGCUAAGUUACCUUUGAUAUCAGGAAGUGCAUUGAAAAUGGAAGGGCAAUUGACUGUUUAUGGAUAUAGAAGUGAAAGAAAUAUUAAUGAAAAGGAUGUGUACCAGGGUGUAUGUUAUCGCUGUGUAUUUCCGAACCCCCCACCAGCGGAGACUGUGGGUAGUUGUUCUGCUAAUGGUGUUGCUGGUCCUGUACCAGGUGUUAUAGGUGCAUUACAAGCUUUGGAAGCUAUAAAAUUACUUGUUGGUCACACGCACGAUAAAUUGUUAGUUGAAAGAUUUUUGAUAUUUGACGGAGAUGAAGUUACUUUUAGAACAGUAAAACUUCGUUCGCGUGAUCUCAAUUGUCCAGUUUGUUCUGAAAAUCCAACGAUGACUAAAUUAAUUGACUACGAAGUAUUUUGUAAAGCGCAAGCCAAGGAAAAAGAUUUAGAUUUACAAAUUCUAGCACCGGAAUAUAGAAUUAAUGCAAAUCAACUGAACGAACAAUUACGAAAUAAUUUCAAUACAAAUCAGCGCCAUCUAUUGAUAGAUGUCCGAAGUGAGGCUGAGUUUAAUAUGUGUCGUAUAGAUGGCGCUGUAAAUUAUCCUAUAGAACAAUUCCGAGACGCCAAAGUCGAUGAAGUAUUGAAAAUGGUUAAUCAAAAUUCACAAGUAACUUUUAUCUGUAGACGUGGCAAUGAUUCUCAGUUAGCAGCUAAAAUUGUCUUAGAUGAAGUAGACGAGGAUCACAAAAGUAGAGUAAAGGAUGUGAUCGGUGGUCUACAUGCGUGGUCUGAAAAUGUAGACCGUAAUUUCCCUGUAUAUUAA